GAGGAGCCGGAGCCCGCCACCCAGGAGUCCUUCGGCUCCUCAGCGAGGCUGCGAUGCCUUCCGCGCUGCGGGCCUUCCAGGCUGCGCCAAAAACGUCCAGGCGAUUCCGUGUGCUCCUCCAGCCCGGGGCCCGUUGAAGAGGAAAAACAAAUAGCGGGUCUGAGGAUCUCCCAGGAGGGAGUUGCACUCUGGCUCGACUAACAUGUGAAAGGUCCGCCCCUCCGCGCCGCCUGGCAUCCCGGUGUGGAGACCUCUGCGGUUGCCAAGAAUUUUAUCAGAGACCGGAGUCCCGAGGCCGGCGCCCGCGAGGACCCGGGUCGGGACGAGCCUGGGCGCCCGGCUGUGCGCGCGCCUGCAAAGGCGGGAUUUGGAGGCGGCGAGGCUGCGGGAGGCGCUGCAGUGUCCGCGAGCCCCCGAGCGGUCCCGCCUCACUCGCGGGAGCGGGUGAGCCUCCGAGUCCCUGCCUGAUACACCGGCGCCAGCUUGGGCGCGCGGGAGCGGCGUUGGCGAGUGUCGCCCCCGGGUCCUCCGGGGCCGGGCGGAGCGCCACCCCCCGCCGGGCGCGCCCCGCCGCUGCGGCUCACGCCCCUCACCUGGGCGAGGCCGGGCGCGCAGGCGCUCAGCGCGGGGGCCGCGGUGGUGGGGCGCCUCUGCCCGGCGCCCGCCAGAGUUGGACUGUUCGGGACCGCGCCGGGCCGAGCUGUCGCCCGUGCUGUCGCCGCCACCGCCCCGGCGGCCGCAGAUCGCGGGGAAGCGUCUGCGAGGAGCCCCGGAGCCGCCCCGGAGCCACCGCCGCCGCCGCCAGCGCGAGCAACAGCUUCCCGGCGGGGCAGCCACUGCCCCGGGCGCCAGCGGCCCGCGCUCCGAGGGCUCCAUCUUCCCAGGAAGGCACAGAUUCCCUUAGCUCCACCAAAUCUUCUGGAGUUUCUGUUACCUCUCCCUCCAUCAUGGCUCAGCACAGAGCUGGUGAAUGGGCUGGGACCUGGGUCCCCUUUUCAGGUACCCACGUAUGAAGUACUACUUAAGCCCUGACAACUACCCUGAAGAUGGAAUUAUGAAUAUGGCAACUUUUCUGCGGGGCUUUGAAGACAAGAGGAUAAAAAACGACCGGCCUGAGGACCAGUUCGGUAAAGAGAAAAAGAAAAUCCUGUUCUCCUUCUGUGAGGUGUGCAACAUCCAGCUGAACUCUGCCGCCCAAGCCCAGGUCCAUUACAACGGCAAGUCCCACCGCAAGCGCGUCAAGCAGCUGAGCGAUGGGCAGCCUCAGCCCCCGGCUCAGGGUGCGGGGCCGCUGCUGGCCAGCCCCAGUGCCACCAGCACAGGCAGUACAUGCCACACUACUACCCUUCCUGCUCUUGUGCGCACACCUACUCUGAUGAUGCAGCCUUCACUGGAUAUCAAACCAUUUAUGUCUUUUCCAGUGGACAGUAGUUCUGCUGUUGGACUCUUUCCAAAUUUUAACACAAUGGAUCCUGUGCAAAAAGCAGUUAUUAACCACACGUUCGGAGUGUCCAUUCCCCCAAAGAAGAAACAAGUUAUUUCUUGUAAUGUCUGUCAGCUGCGCUUUAAUUCGGAUAGCCAGGCCGAGGCCCACUACAAAGGAAGUAAACAUGCCAAGAAGGUCAAAGCACUAGAGGCAACGAAAACUAAACCCAAAAUGGUUUCUUCCAAGGACAGCGCAAAGGCUAACCCCAGCUGCUCCAUCACUCCACUCACAGGCAACAGCUCUGACAAAUCAGAAGACAGAGGGAAGCUAAAAAUCAGCAGUUCCAGCCAGCCGUCAAACUCUGAAGGUGGCUCCUUUCUCCUCAAAUCUGGCACAACAGCCCUGCCACUGGGCGCAGACACUUCUCCCUCCAAGAGCACAAAUGGGGCUCCUGGUACUGUCUCUGAAUCAGAAGAAGAAAAAGCCAAAAAAUUGCUUUAUUGUUCGCUAUGCAAAGUGGCUGUGAACUCCCUGUCACAGCUGGAGGCACACAACACAGGAUCUAAACACAAGACCAUGGUUGAAGCUCGUAAUGGGGCUGGUCCAAUUAAGUCCUAUCCGAGACCUGGAUCAAGAUUAAAGAUGCAGAAUGGUAGUAAAGGGUCAGGACUACAGAACAAGACAUUUCAUUGUGAAAUCUGUGAUGUCCAUGUUAAUUCAGAAAUUCAACUCAAACAGCACAUUUCUAGCCGAAGGCAUAAGGAUCGAGUUGCAGGGAAACCACUGAAGCCGAAAUACAGCCCCUACAACAAACUCCAGCGGAGCCCAAGCCUCUUAGCAGCAAAACUUGCAUUCCAGAAAGAUAUGAUGAAGCCUUUGGCCCCAGCCUUCCUGUCCUCGCCCCUGGCGGCGGCAGCUGCGGUGUCCUCCGCGCUGUCACUGCCACCCCGGCCUUCCGCCUCGCUCUUCCAGGCGCCAGCCAUACCUCCCGCCCUCCUGAGGCCGGGCCAUGGGCCCAUCCGUGCCACACCUGCCUCCAUCCUCUUUGCUCCCUACUAAGUCUGCAAGCCCCGAGUCGGUUGAGGCCAGUAAGUAGGAACGUUGAGAAGAAAAGCCAAAAGGAUUCAGCAAGUCAAGCAUUUUGUGUCGCAGUGCCCUCACCCAGCCACAAGGUGUGAGCCCGACUCCAAAGAACAACCCAUCACUAGAUUCAAGCGUGCUUUUAGGGCCCGCUCCUGUCAUUUGGGAAUCCCAGCAGCACAGGCUUUAUCUCCCUAUCCCCUCCCCCUGCCCUGCCCCAUUCAAUCUGUGUAUCUGAGAUAUUUGGUUUCCUGCGACUGUAUUGGUCAGAAAAAAACAUAGACAUACAUCAUUCUCUGACUAUUUUUCCAUGAGUGUGAUCUGGCUUAGAAACAAUAUGGAAUAUUUUCCUGACAGACUUGAAAAGUAGGGUCUUCCUCACAUGUCUGUAAAUAACUCGAAUCAAAUUGGGCACAUUCUAGUGUGGAACACAAACAGAUGAACACAAGUGCUAACUUGUGGACCCCAUCCUACCAAUGGAUCACAACGUUUUCUUUCUGGUGUACUAUCGUUGACAGGGAUUGUGUACUGUUUUAGACCCAAGUACUGUUGUAUCUGGUGUAGUACUAGAUCUGUAUCUCUUGUCUGAAUUAAACACUUUUUAGUUGCUGUGUAAAUGUUAGGAAGCAAAAUAGCUUUGAAUUUUCUCUUUAAGAGAACAAAAGAUAAAGUAAUGUAUUUUUUUUUUCAUUUUCCAUUUUAUUGGGUGAUAUUUAAAUGAAAUAGAAAGCCAUAUAACAUAGCUAUAAUUACUACCUGUUUGCUAUUUUUGUUUAACUUAUUUUGUAGCUUCCUCACCAGUUUGAGUUGCUAAGCAAAUGUAUACAAACAGAAAAGAGCUUCCUAAAUUGCACAUUUUUGCACCUCCUGUGCAUUCUGCAAGAAGACAAUGAAUCCAUGUAUUUCUACGUAAUUAUCUUCUUCGUUUUUAACCUGUUUUCAUUUGUAAUGAUGCUACAUAAUCUUGUGGCUCCCUAAUGCAAUAAUGUACAGAAGAUAAAAAAUUUAUAAUUGAACAAUUUGUCUUUCUGUUCACUGAAUAUGUUGCAGGUCAUGCUGCCAUGCUCCCUUUCUAAGCUGGUAUCAACAAAACUGGAAUGUUUGUGAUAUCAGGGGUAAGAAGUAUCAUAACACAACAAACCAGAGUGAACUCUUUUUGAGCAUCUGUAUCUGCAAUCUGUAAAUGGUAAAAUGUCUGUGUAUUUUUUUAAAUGUACCUUUUCAAUAAAAGUACAAAAUAUAAAAA